CUUGACUGUUAAUCAAUCACCAAUAUAUGGAUAUAACACCGUCUAAAUAAGAAAAGCAAGGGUUAUUGCAUAUCAGAUCUUACAUGUGCGACCUAGUGGGGUUGACCCCAUAUCAGGUUAGACUAAACUUAAAAACCUUCACCAACUCAAUUCUCUUUCUUUACACCAACGGUCCGCGAAUCCUUCUACUUCCCAUAUACAAACGGUCUAGUUUAAUAAGUCAAUACAGUCAACAUACAGUCAACAUAUUCGCAUACUAAAUGUAAUAAGAGUAAUACAUAAGGUAUGGCGUCGUCGCAAUACAGCUCCCUUAACCCGCUCCAGCAAUAUAACCAGUUGUCCUUUGCUGUUAUUUCCGAACACCAACACCAACAACAUCAACAUCAACAACCGCAACAUCAAUCUCAACACCAACAUCAUCCGAACUCGAAUCCACAUCCACAUCCCCAUUCACAACCUCAACCUCAACUUCAACUUCAAUCUCGUCCCCACCAGCAACAGCAACAGCAGCAGCAACAUCAUUUACAUCAACCCGCUCCCACCCAUACACCACCAAUCGUUGCACAGACAUACCAACAUCCACCAACUUUGCCAUCUACAACCAACAUCAUCACACAACCACAGCAACAGCAACAACAACAACAACAACAACAUAAUAUCAAUACCAACGUCGAUUCCGAUUCUAGUCCCGAUACUACGCCAUUAUCAACUACACCCGUGGUAAACCAUAGCGCCACCAGCAAUGCAAAUCCCACAUCGUUCGGUCCACCCCAGCGCAAACGUCGUCGCGUAGGCCGUCCACCCAAAUCGCAACUAGAGCGCGACUACCUCGACCAGCGAGCCUCUAACAACCUUACACCCCCUCAACAACCGCCGCCUCCUCAAGUCCAUUCACCACACCCCUUAAACAAGGGCCCCUAUAACUCGGCCGAAGAUGCUGUCUUCUCUCUCCAACUUCACGUCUUUACGUCCGGGUACGGCGUGUCGCAGAAGCGUACCGUCAAGGAAAAGCUGCCCUCGGGACGUUACGACCCGGACGGCGACGUCAUUCGCAAGGACUUUGCGUGCGAUCGUGGCGGGGCCGACUUCGUAUCGCAGAGCACGGGGGAACGACGGCGCGAGAGCAAGAAGUGCGGGUGCGGGUGGAAAGCCGUGGUGCGACGAUUGAAGCGGGAAGGUGAUCUAUGGUUCAUUGAUAUAAUAGAACCGAACCACAAUCACCCGUUUACGCCCCCGGAUCAGAUGCACACAAUCGCAUCGUAUAGGCGAUGGCAGCGGGAGAACAACGCCGGGAUACGGACAGCUAUCGCAAGACUGGCGCGUGCUGCUGCUAUGCCCGCUCGACAGGUCGCCGAUUACCUUAAGGGGCAGUUCGCAGACCCGGAUCUGGCCCGUAUCGAUCGGCAUAUCCUCCGCGCUCUCAGUAUGAGCGAUGUCGAUAUGCCGGGCGGUGAUGCGCAGCAGAGCCAGACUUUGUUCGAUGUCGUCGCGCGAAGGCCUACAAUUAUAUUGCAGGAGAAUACUGGGGAGGGCGGAGGCAAUGGGAACCCAAGUGGGGGUGCCGUUACCGGUGUUCCUAUCGGUGUGGGUGUUAAUCCCGCUGGUACGCCUAACCGGUAUCAAUGAAUGAUUGCCUUUCUUUCCCAUGCGAGGCUAGAGUCCGAGGUCCCAAUGGCGGGAGUAUCUGUAUUUAAUGUUUGAAAUAUCUUGCCUCAAACAAUCGGUGGUUUUGCAGGUUUCUGGUAUGUGGCUUAUAUAGGUACCGCGGGUUGCGAUUUGGCAGGGCACAUAAGGGCGUGGGUGAAUCCCAUCGAAUAGCUUAAUCACGGCUAGGUGCCGACGGGCUGUAUUUAUAGGAACGCGUAUAAGAACGUGGGCGUUUAAGGUUCAUUCGAAUUGUCUGGCUACGUACGUAACGUACCUAUAUUUAGGUGGUAUAAUUCGGUGGAAGAGGAGAGAGAGAAGGAGAUGAGGGCAAAUAUCACAUAUAUACAUAAGGGACCUUAAUAGAAGCCAAGGAACUAAUGUCAUUCAAAAUUUUAAUACGGGAUGUUAGUCAAUUCCUAGGAAAGAAAUCACCUAUACACGGCUAGACUAUCACGUUGAAUCAAAG